GGCGGGCGGGCGGGGGUCCGGUGUGACGCUGUGACGGAGCUCUGACGUGGACCCUGACGUAGCCGCUCAUCUUCCAGUAGGAGUUCGAGUUGAGCGUCCCGACUGUCGACGUAACGGCCAGUGGGACGAAGCAACAUGCAGGUUGCUGAACGUACCGUCCGCUUUGCUGUGGAGAACGUGAGGAUGGAUGGCGUGGAUGGCGGUGGGUCGGGAGGCGGCAAUGGUGGCUCGACCGCCAACGACCCCCUGGCCACUGUAAGCAGCGAAGGCGGUGGUGGCGGGGCCAGUGGUGGGGGAGCUACAACCAUUCCCGCCGUGUCCACCGUCUACGUCACCAUACCCCAGGCAGGCACCAUCGUAUCCGGAACUUCCAAGAGUAUUCAGAGUGUCAUCCAGCAACCAACACAGCCUAGUGUUAUUCAGAGUACAGCCUUGCAGACAGUGCAAAUUUCAAAAGGAAAUGUUAUUUUAUUGAAGCAGCCAUCACAGCCAGCAAAUUCAGUGAUACAGUCAGCCAGUGGAGGAGGUCUACAGACUGUUCAAGUUUUGGAAGCAGGUGAAGAUCAAGAAUCUUCACGUAAACGUCAAAUACUGGCUCGUCGACCUUCAUAUCGAAAGAUUCUCAAUGAAUUAGGUGGAGGAGAGAUAUCAGACAAAGGUGACGCAGGCAGCUCAGAUUCCUCACAAGACGAACCAACUGCAACUGUGACCAUUGGGGGACAACAGUAUCAGACAGCAGGUUUGUUGAAAGUUCUUCCUGCUAGUGGAUUACAGUUGGCAGGUCAAGGGAGUGACGGUCUCCAGACCCUCGCCAUGACUAAUGCAGCCACUGCUGGAGGGGCCAUCGUCCAUUAUGCCCAAGGCUCAGACCCACAAUUCAUAGUCCCAGUUGCAGCUGGGGACUUAAGUGGUUUGAAGAUAGCCACCAGCUCUAGCCAAGGAGUUGUAUUGGCAACAACUGCCUCCACAGGUGUUCAUGGUUCAUCAGAUCAGAUGGCAGAGGAAGCAUCUCGGAAGCGAGAAAUUAGACUAAUGAAGAACAGAGAAGCAGCAAGAGAGUGUAGAGCCAAAAAGAAAGAAUAUAUUAAAUGUUUAGAAAAUAGAGUGGCAGUGUUAGAAAACCAGAAUAAGGCAUUGAUUGAAGAAUUGAAGACUUUGAAGGCCCUGUAUUGCCAGAAUAGUUGAUGCCAAAGCAUAAGUGAAACGUGCCCACCUGAGCUGUGUCACAGGUUACCCUCUGCAGUGAUGAAGCUUGAGGUAGUCCUAUAGUCAAAGAAGGCUUGAUAUAGUGAUGCCAUGACGACAAAGCUCACCCAUAAGCUCAUGUCCAUCUGCUGCAAUUCUACAAGAGUUUCAGCUUACCAAGAUUGUUAAUGGUUUAUUUAAAUGUUAUUAUAUAACUUGGUCACCACAUCAUUGGUGGCAAACAAAGCUGCUGGCUGUGCUGAAUAAGUAUAAUGCAGGAUAAGUGUACUAUGUACAAAUAUCCUAGCUUAAGAGACUAACUUUCUGUGGUCAGAGCUAUGGUGCAGUACUGAGGAAUCCUUAUACACACCCACUGUUAAUUUCUGAAGGAAAAUUAAACAGUAGAAGUAUGCUGUUGUGUGUUCAAGUGUUUCAUGCUGUUAGGCCAUGUAAGCUGAAUGGAGAGAAAAACUAGCUGCUGUAUUCAGAGUAGUGGUUGUGUUGGAGACUCCAGAAAGAGCACUCUUAAUAGAAGUAAAGCCUUUGAAAGAUUUUUACUGCCAUAAAAGCAGAUUAGAGUAAGAGAAUCACUAUUUGUGAUAGCGUGACAUGAUGCUUUUCAUCGUCAAUUGUCAUGUUUUGUGGUCAACUUCUGAGAAGUCUUGGCCUACCAGAGAAGUGUCCUUGUACUGAGCUAGCCUCAAGUUCUUGAGGAUAAUUGAGUACUGUUCCAGUGUCUUGACAACCAUAGUAGGAAGCUGCAGCAAUCCGGAGAUGCCAGCUUUGUGAUUAAUUUUCUUGCUGUUUAAUUAAUUGUUCAUUACCUUAUGAUUGUUAGGGACAGAUAUUGUACUGCUGCUCUUAACAUUGCUGGUCAUAUGAAUGUAUGAAUAUCAUUUACCAGAAUUGAAUUCAAUGUUAUUUAAAUUUUUAAGGUUGGAGAGCAGCCACUGUUAAUUUGUACCUAAGUAUGAAAGCAGAGGGAAAGCUGACCUGCAGAACUGACACAUCAUAAGGCAUUUUGUAAUCAAAUUAUCUUGUGUAUUUGGUAGACUUAUCUGAUGUGUCUAAUUCUGUCCAACUGGUACAACAGACUUGUAAGAAUAUAAUAUACCUAGUGCAACUGGGUACAAGAUUUUGAGUUGUCCUAAAUAAUCACAAGUUAAUCACUUUUAUGAAAUUUUUUCUAUCUGAAAUGGUCUUUUUUUUUUUUUUUUUUUUUUUUUUUUUUUUUUCCAAAAUGCUGUAUUUAAUUUGAAUUUUAUACUGGAGCUGGUCACAUACAUUGUGGAAAAAUCUUUAACUUAAGAAAGUGUAACUAGUCAGUUUCUGCCAUCUUGAUUAGCCCUUCAUGCUUUGUGUUAGGGAUACUGAGAACUAUGGUGAUUUCUGUGUAUGAUGUGUAGUAAAGUGUCAGCUGAGAGAAAAUCAGAAAACUUGUUUUAAAGAGGUAAACUUGUUGAUUUAUUUUCUUCAAAUUGACUUUUUACAUUGUUAAAAAUGACAUGUUUAGGACAUUCCUGCAUUCAGUGUUCUGUAUUUCAACCAACAUUUUAAGAGAUGCUCUUUCUUAAAAAUUUUCUUCACUUGAAAAAUAAAUUUUCAAAGGCAAUCUCUGAAAAGGUGAACUCGGUAUUUUUACUAAAUUCUUUUGGAAUUAGCUUCAUUUGUUAGUCCUGUAAGGUAUUGUAGUGAAGAAUAAUUAAUCAAGUGAACUUGCAAUUGUUAAGCCUAAAUUAUAACACUCAACUUUCAAGCAUCUCUAAUUCCUGCAGUUAGUGUCCCUUUGUGCCAGAAUCAUUCCAGAACAUUUAAAAAUGCCAUAAAUUUUUAAAACAAGCUUGUAUACAUUCCUGACUUUGCUGGUUUUUUUUUUUUUUUUUUUUUUUUUUCCAUUUAGGAUCACUUACUGUAAAUCUCAGUGAAAUUCCUUGUACUCCAAAAAAAUUCAUGCCUUAAAAUUUGAGAAGACAGCUCAUACAGGACACUGAAAGAAGAAAUUAGAUAUACUUAUAAGUUGGGCAGAACAGAUAAUGUAAACAUGUUUCUUUGUUAGCGAAAUUUACAAUUUUACAAAAUCAGCCAUGUAUUUAUUUACAUUGUUGUUUACCAUAUUAUAAAGAUAGUUACUUUUAUUUCUCUCAGUUAGACCAUGGAUUAAUGUUGUGCUUCUUGAUGUGUCAAGACAAUAGGCAAGUCUCAUCUCAGGUGGUAAUCAAAUUUUCUUUCUUAAACCUAGUGCAAUGUUUUUAUUUGUGACUGCACUCAAUAAGUGUGACUAUUGCCUGAGUCAUUGGAUGGAAUGUAUACUUAUCACAGAUUCCCUACUUGUACCUGUCUGAAAAGCAGUCCAUGGCAAAUGACCUUUUACUUUUUAUUUUAAAGAUGACUUGUGUAUUUUAAAAAAUCAUGCACCGACAUUUUUCAGAUCUUGAAAGUAUUGUAGCUCCAUCUUUUGACAGUCAUUUUCUUAAAAGUGAAGCCAAUGCUAAUGGAGCAUGUGUAAGUGUUUUCAGACAUGCUAUUUGCUCAUAUCCUGUACUUUUAGAGUGCACUUUUAAGCAAAGGUGUUUAAAAAAUGAUUGUUAUCAGAUUGGCUUUAAUUUUGUGGAUAUCUGUAAAUAUACACCUGUGUUUGGAUGUAUUCCAAACAAGAGCCUACCAGAAUGUCAGAUAUGUAUUUUUGAAAACUAAACUGUUGUUGAAU